CCUGUCUGCGUUCCGGUCCCUUGUCUCUUGACCGUGAUGGCAGACGUCGACUUCAUCAAGAGUCGUCUCACAUCCCAUCCAGAUUUUCCCAAGAAGGGAAUCGUUUUUCUAGACAUUUUCCCCAUUCUGCGCGAUCCACUGGCAUUUGAGACGCUUAUCACGCACCUCGUACACCACAUCACGUCGACGACAAUACCAAAGUCCCCCACGGGCAAAAUCGACGUCGUCGUGGGCCUCGACGCGCGCGGCUUCCUGCUUGGUCCAAUCAUCGCACUCAGGCUAGGUGCUGCCUUCGCUCCCGUACGGAAAAAAGGAAAACUGCCAGGCCAGUGCGUUUCUGCGACCUACGAGAAAGAAUACGGUGCCGAUUCUUUCGAGAUGCAAGCAGACUCUAUCAAGCCCGGGCAGACAGUGAUCGUUGUAGAUGACCUGAUUGCUACAGGUGGAUCGGCGAGGGCAGCAGGCCAGUUGAUCUCUGACCUUGGUGGAAGAACCAUUGAGUACCUGUUCAUCAUCGAGCUGCUGUUCUUAAAGGGGGCAUCCACCCUGGAUGCUCCCAUUUAUUCCGUUGUUCAAUCUGACGACUAGAAUUUAUCGUUAUAUCACUACUUAUCGACCUUAUAGACUGUUGUUGGUCCCUCUACAUGAUAGACGCCGCCGCCCAUCAAUCACGUCGAGAAGCUACAGACAUCCCCUGAAAUGACGCUAGUGAGAAUUAUGCCGGGCCGUUCGACGAUAGAUACUCUGUGGUUUCUAUACCGGGCUCGACGUCAGUAACUCUCUUCCAGUAAUGUGGAAGAUCAUGCUUUCUUUCGUUUCAGAUUCAAACGGACUCUACACAGUGCUUAGUGAAUACACUUUGCAGUGAGAUAGAUGAACAAUCAGUGAUAAUGUUAUCAAACCAAUAAUCUUGUGUUGAGUAACGGAUGUCCGUUGAGAUACAAUAUACGAUUAGAUGGCUCCCCCUG